GUCCAAGUCUAAUCGCCUCUCUCUCUCUCUCUCUCUCUCACUCUGUUGUGUGUAGUUUGCGUUUGCGCGGGCAGCUCUAUAGUCGAGUUUUCUUCUCGGCUUCUGCUUCGAUCCUCACGCGAGAUCGGUUCGCGACCAUUCUGCUGCAUUGCGCUUCGCCGAUUCUCAAUUGCGGUUUGCGUUGUAGGGAGAGUAUUUUUGGUUGUCCGGGAGGGCUUGGUGGUGCUGCACCGUGCCAGGUCCGUUUUAUGGAAAUGGACCACAAGUUUCUUGAUGAAUCUGGUUCGCUGGCUCAAUGGGGAGAUUUGAACGAUUAAACGAUGUUCGUGUCGCCAUUUCUGUGAGAUUAAAAGAGCGUGGAGUAUUCGUCCCUAAAUGUACCAAGAUGACCACUAAUGGAGCCGCACCUGCUGUUGCAGUGAAGCUAAACAAUUCUGCGGUUCAUCAACCAGCACCACUCAACCACCGCAUUUUGUCAACAAUGGAUCGACGAUCGGUUGCUGCACAUCCGUGGCAUGAUCUUGAAAUUGGUUCAGAUGCCCCAGAAAUCUUCAACGUUGUUAUUGAGAUUAAUAAGGGAAGUAAGGUAAAGUACGAACUUGACAAGAAAAGUGGUCUCAUGAAGGUUGAUCGUAUCUUGUACUCAUCAGUUGUCUAUCCACACAAUUAUGGGUUCAUUCCACGUACUCUUUGUGAGGAUGAGGAUCCCAUUGAUGUUCUCGUCAUUAUGCAGGAACCUGUUUUGCCUGGUACGUUCGUUCGAGCAAGAGCUAUUGGGCUUAUGCCCAUGAUUGAUCAAGGAGAGAAGGAUGACAAGAUCAUCGCUGUCUGUGCUGACGAUCCGGAGUAUAGACACUUCAAAGACAUCAAUGAGUUUCCUCCACAUCGACUUGCCGAAAUUCGUCGGUUUUUCGAAGAUUACAAGAAGAAUGAGAACAAAGACGUGAUUGUGGACAAUGUUUUUGGACAUGAAGCUGCACUUCAAGCCAUUAGCCAUUCCAUGGACCUCUAUGCCGCAUACAUCGUGGAGAGUUUACGGCAAACUAUUGGCACUCAGGAACAAUUUGCCGGCCACAUUAUUGCCAUUAUGGGCCUGAUAUUAUGAAUUUCAAAGCUUAUCUUUCAGAAAGAGAUCAAACCAUCUUACACAGAACAGGAUAUCAAUUAAAAAAUUCAACAUGGAAUCUACUCAAAUUUUAAAAGAAAAUUCCUCCAACUCUGAUUUAUUAAAAAUUACAAAAGCAGUUUACAAAUUGUUGUAAGCAUUUCCAUUUGUAAUAAUAUCAUAUGGGCUCCAGAAUGCUCCACACAGUUUUACUAAAUACUUGCAAGAAGCACAAUUGCAAAAACAGCAAGUUCUACAGAGACCGUGGUCAUUGUCAUUAAUUGAAUUUAUUAUAAACCUUUCAGUGUUUUUUAGCAAAGAUUGAAUUUUUGUAAUUAUGAACUAUUUUUAAAAAUAUUAUUAUUAUUAUUUUUAUACAGAAAGAUAUUAUGUCCUUUGUAAAAACUAAUUCAACAUUUUUUGGCAAUAUAUAUAGUAUUUAUGAAUUCUAAAAACAUAUUUUUUUAG